AUGAAGCUGGACGAUGCCUUAUGGGCAUACAAGAUCGCCUAUAAGACACCUAUAGGCAUAUCCCCGUAUGCACUGGUGUUUGGAAAGGCAUGCCAUUUACCGCUUGAGUUGGAGCAUAAAGCAAUGUGGGCAGUGAAAAAGCUCAAUUUUGACUUAAAGGCUGCAGGGCAAGCAAGGAAACUUCAGUUGGUCGAGCUUGAUGAAUGGAGAACUCAUGCAUAUGAGAAUGCCAAAAUAUACAUGGAGCGCGCAAAACAUUGGCAUGACAAACAACUAUGCGAGAAGAAUCUCCAAGUCGAACAUAACGUCUUGUUGUACAAUUCUCGGACUCCUUCCCAACAAGUUAAAAUCAUGAUGGUCUGGUCCUUUCAUAAUUAG